AUGGGAACCAUUGAUUCUCAGGGAACACAUGUGGGGGUUAUCACCGGCUUUGGCAUCACUGCCCCCUAUGAUACCGACCCUAACUAUAUUGGUGCUUGGUCAAUUGCAUUUCCGUUUGAUGAGCACCAGGAUAAAACCAAUAUAGUUAGGGUCGGUAUCAUAGGGGGCAGUGAUGCCAAAGCCGGUGAUAACCCCCACAUGUGUUCCCUGAGAAUCAAUGGUUCCCAUCAAUGCGGGGCAUCUAUUAUAGGCACCCAAUGGGUGGUCACCGCCGCCCACUGUCUGGAAAAGGUCACGCCUGAAAUUCUAUUACUACGGUGCGCUACCCUAUUAAAAGAAAAGCCUGGAGUAGAUUUCAAUAUCACCAAGCUAAUUCCACAUGAAAACUUCACUGACCCUAAUUAUGACAUUGCCCUGCUACAAAUAAAUGGUACAUUUAAACUUGGUACACCUGACCUAGACAAAAUUAAUCUGCCUCACCAGGACCAGGAUUACGCAGCACCUGGAUCAGUUGCUACUGUAACUGGAUGGGGUUUAAAUGACGAUAUGGUUUUGCCUGAACAUUUACAAACACUUGACAUACCGGUGCUCGAUAGGGCUACUUGUAUUAAGGAUUAUAAGUCUAGUAUUACUGAUUAUAUGUUUUGUGCUGGAUACGAUGAGGGUAAACGGGACUCCUGUACUCUAGCACAAAUUUAUUUAUUACGAGAUAUAGUUUUGCCUGAACAUUUACAGACAUUAGACGUACCGGUGCUCGAUAGGGCUACUUGUAUUAAGAAUUAUAAAUCUAUCAUUAUUGAUUAUAUGUUUCGUGCUGGAUACGAUGAGUGUAAAAGGGACUCAUGCUCUGUUUGGAUUAAUAAUUACUUGAUAACUAUUGAAUUUACUGAUUCAGGUGGUCCACUAAAAUUUAAUAAUACCCUGAUCGGAGUUGUAUCGUGGGGUGAUGGCUUUGCUCAGCCACACUACCCUGGUAUAUUGGUGUUUACACCCGUGUACCGUAGUGUAUAUUUAACAUUUUGUGCAUGGUCAUUUGCCUUGCCAGCUGAUAUACACCACAAUGUGAGGGCUGGUAUCAUAGGGGGCAGUGAUGCCAAAGCCGGUGAUAACCCCCACAUGUGUUCCCUGAGAAUCAAUGGUUCCCAUCAAUGCGGGGCAUCUAUUAUAGGCACCCAAUGGGUGGUCACCGCCGCCCACUGUUUGGCAAAAGCUAAACCGGUUGAUUUAUUACUACGGUGCGCUACCCUAUUGCGGGAGGUACCUGGUCAAGAUUAUAAUAUAAGCAAGAUCAUAUCGCACGAAAACUACGAUAAAAAUGUCUCAACUAAUUGCGACAUUGGACUUUUACAAAUCAGUGGUGAAUUUAAGUUAGGUACAUCAGCAUUAGACAAAAUAAAACUACCUGACCAAGAUCAAGAUUAUGCAGCACCUGGAUCAUUAGCUACAGUAACUGGAUGGGGUGUAAAAGCCGACUAUAAAUUACCCGAGAAAUUACAGACAGUUGACGUACCGGUGCUCGAUAGGGCCACUUGUAUUAGUGAUUACAAGUCAAGAAUAAGUGACUAUAUGUUUUGUGCUGGAUAUGAUGAGGGUAAAAAGGACUCGUGCCACGCUGAUUCUGGUGGCCCAAUAAAGUUUAACAAUACGCUGAUAGGUAUUGUGUCAUGGGGCGAUGGAUGCGCAGAACCACACCACCCUACUGUCUAUACGCGACUGGGUAAAUUUAGAAAUUGGAUCAAGGAACAUACUGGAAUAUAA